AGGAAUCUAUUUCUCAACAGCUAUUACAGAGUUGUGCUGCAUUGGAUGACAGAAGGAUUUGGCUUCUCCAAAUUUGGAAUUUGUGAUCUUUGGGCAGAAUAAGGUUAUUCUGGAGCUUAUUCUGGAACUUGGAAUAACAUCAGCUCAUUUCAGAAUUCAGGGAGGUGACAGAAAAGGCACUGGCAAGGAUCACUGGAAGAAAUAAGAACACUAAGAACAUUUGAGAAAACUUGGAGGAGAUGAUCAGCUGAUGGUGGAUGCUCAGACCACAAUGACCCAACAACACUCGCCCUGAGGUCAGACUGGAAAGAACAGUUCACCUGGGCACGUCUCACAGGUCCCAGUGUGCCCAUGCAGUGGUCCAUGCUAGCCCUGCUGCUCCUGUUCUGCAGCCACACUUUGGCACUGCGAAUGGGUGAUGUCUGCCCACAGAACGGCAACCAGGAGCAGCAUGGCACCAGGACGACCCAACCCACACCCACUGUUGAUCCUAAACUCUUCAACAAAAGACGCUACCGCUCACCCCGUGUGCUGUUCAGUGAACAGCCGCCUGAUUCUGAGCCUGCGGAGAACAACGGAUCAAAGGGCAGGACAAGGCGGCGAGCAGGGUCGCAGCCCCAGCACCGCGGCGUGUAUUCAGUGUGUGAGAGCGUCAGCUUCUGGGUGGGGAAUAAGACCAAAGCAACAGACAUCUCAGGUAAUGAGGUGCUGGUGUUGCCUGAUGUCAACAUCAAUGACGUUAAGAAAAAGCAGUACUUCUUUGAGACCACCUGCAGCGGGGCCAGACCUGCGGGCUCGGGCUGUCUGGGCAUCGACGGGCGACACUGGAACUCGUACUGCACCAACUCACACACCUUUGUACGGGCAUUGACUUCCUUCAAGAACCUUGUGGCUUGGAGACUUAUUAGGAUCAAUGUGGCCUGCGUCUGCGUCCUCAGCCGUAAGUCCUGGAGACAGUGACCCUCUGCCUGCAGGCAGCCCACCUCUACCGCAAUACCAACCUUACCAUAAGCCAAUGAGUGCCAGCCUUAAGGAUCUCCAUAACAGCCCAGUAACAUCUAUAUACUGGAUCCUGGCUUUCAUGCUGAUGUUGUUACAUGUGUGACAUUCAGUACACAUCAAUCACAAGAGGUUUAUGAAGAACGCAUUAGUUCAACAUGCCUCAUUACUGUCAAUCAUUUAAUGGCUUUAUAUGACUUCAUGCAAAGUCAUAUGGUAAACAUUAUAGCAGAACAUUUUACUAUGCUAUUAUUGCUCCUGAUGGACAGUAUUGGUUGCCUUUGUGGUGACAGCAUGAGGACUGCAUGUAUUUCUGUACAAAUGUUGUUAAUGCUAUUGUUAUUUAUUAAAUCUGGAGCAUUCUGUUGUAUACUGA